GUUGAAUUUUAUUUUGGCAGCCGGUUUUACGUCAAAAGUCAAAACUCGGUUAAAAGGCCCAGUUCGUUCGUUUUCCGCACUUUGUAUUCUCGUAAAAAAAGUUAGCCCUCAAAAUUUUUCAUUUUAUUUAAUAGUAUAAAACCCUUAAUCAACACAAAUCAACGUGGCGUCAAACGCGUAUUCGUUCGGCGAUAAUUGUGGCUUUAUGGAUGUAGAUUGCAUUCCCGGUACCUCAGGUACAGGUAAAUAGAAAAAAAAGCGAUUUGAACUAAAAACCCAGUUUUGAAUUAAAAAAAGAUCGCCCAGCUCUAACCCACAAAUAAAUCUAAUAAACGCCUACGUAAAUUAACCGCAUUAGGUAAAAGAAAUCGAUGGCUACUUCUAAUUUAUCACCAACGAUGCCUCAAAUCGACGAGGAUAGUGCGGUACAUCAAAAAUCGGCUAAACAAAAAAUUACCGAGAUUCUUGAUAUACUUGAAUGUAGAGUUGAAAAACUUCGGAAGGAAGCUGCAAAAAUAGAGGAGGAUAAAGAUAACAUUUUGGCUAGCUUGGAUUCUGUUAGACAUGCUGAAUGGAUUUCGGAAUUAGAUAAUUUUGAGCAAGACGAAACGCAACGUUAUAUAGAUAGAAUCAUUGAUCGUUGUUUAACAGUAGAUAUAAAAAUUCACACACAAAGAGAUCAACCUCAAGAAGAGGCAUUACAUCAAGUAAAUCAUUUAAUAGAUUCUUUGGUAAUUACAUUGAAAACUGAUGCUGAACAAGCAAGAGAACGGUGUAUUUCCUACAUGAACGCAUGCGCUUCUCAUAAUGUUUAUGGAAUAACUGAUAAAAAAUUUGAAAAUGCUUUACUCGGAUGCACAUUGGAUGAUCAAAAGCGGGUAAAAAAACGUCUUCAUGGAUUAUUGAGUUAUCUGGAAAAGCUGGAUGUUACUUGCGAAGAAAAUUGGUUAAAUGUGGAGGAGGAUAAAGAAGUAGAUGGAUUUGUUUUAAUGGAUUUAGUGGUUGAGGAAAUUAAGAUUUAGCAAAAAGUUCGACAAGUGAAAUUUUUAAUGAAUAUGAUGUAUCUACUGAAUUAAGUUUUUAAAUGAAGAAACGUGGUGUGUUUCAACAAAGGGGAUUAAUUGAGAAAAUUUAAACAAAAAUUAAACAUUGUAGUGAUUAUUAAUGCUAAAGUUCAAUUUUAUUUCUCAAACACGUUUACGCUUGCAAUGUAUUUAAAUAUUUCUCUGUCAAUAUGCUUUUUAUGAUUA